UGCAGCAAAGUAGUGUACAUUGUAUAAAAUCAAUUCAGGUGUACAUACAUGUAUGAAAGCGUGAGCAAGCUCUCAUUAUUUGUAAUUAUUUGUACAUGCCAUAUACAACGGGUUUUGUUUUUAGCAAAUGGCUGACGACUGGACCAGAGCGAUUGUUUGCCGUUACUACAAAAAUGGCUUAUGUAGAGAAGGGGAUAAUUGUAGAUAUCGACAUGCAGACCAGCAGUCUGCUGAUCGAGAAGAAAUGACUGAUGACAAUAAUUCUGAUAACAGUACUAAUGUACUCUCAUCAGUAAUCGUUUGUCGAUUUUUUAAAUGGGGAACUUGUAAGUUUGGAAGUCGUUGUCGUUAUAAGCAUAUUUCAAAUAAUCAUACGGUCAUGUCAGAACAAGAAUCAGACGAAUCUAAACCUGAAUCAAGGAAACAGUCCAGUUCAACGGCUUUUUCAUCCACCGAUGCAGCACAUUCAUCACAACCGUCAUCUUCGUCACAUUCUACAGAAAAUACGGAAGCAAAUAAAUAUGAACCACAUGAAUGGAUAAAAGCACCUGAAUUUAUUCCACAAUCUAUAGCAGGAAAUUUCAAUACAGAUUUUGAUAUGGAGGAAUCGAUAAUAGUUGAAAAAUGUCCUAAAUCUUAUGCUAGAGCGGUCAAUAGCUCAGGAAGAUGUGUAAAUUCUUCUUCAGAGCCAUUGUGUCCUUAUGCAGAAGCAACUGGAAUAUGUACAAAGCUUAAAUGCCCUUAUUUACAUGGAGAUAUCUGUGAGUUAUGUGGACGAGCAGCUCUUCAUCCUUAUAAUGAAGAACAAAGACAGCAACAUAAUAAAGCGUGUAUAAAACAACACGAAGUAGAUAUGGAGCUAUCAUUUGCAAUUCAAAGAAGUCGUGGUAAAGCAUGUGGAGUAUGCUUUGAAGUUGUUAUGGAAAAAGCAUCGAGAGAUCAAAGAAGAUUUGGUAUUUUGCCUAAUUGUAAUCAUUGUUUUUGUCUAAGUUGUAUACGAAAGUGGCGUCAAGCAAAACAAUUUGAGAAUAAAAUAAUUCGCUCGUGUCCAGAAUGUCGUGUUACAUCAGAUUUUGUGUGCCCUAGUAUAUAUUGGGUGGAUACUAAAGAAGAAAAAGAGAAACUCAUUGUUGAAUACAAAGGUGCACUAAGUCAAAAAGAUUGCAAAUAUUUCAACAAAGGUCAAGGUAAAUGUCCUUUUGGAAAUAAAUGUUUUUAUCUUCAUGCUUUACCUGAUGGAACUAAAACAGAUGUUGGGCCCCCAUCUCGACAAACUUCCAAUUCGAAUGGGGAUUUCUUACAUCAACUUAUAUUAUGGAAUUUUCUCGAAGAAAGAGAUGAUAGCUGGAUUUAUAUGGAUGAAGAUGAUGAAGUUGUAAUGGUAUUUUCAGAUUCAGAGGAUUCUGAUUGGUCCAGAUAUGGUUCUUAUGAUUAGUUGAUUGUCAUUAUUAAAAAGAUUUUAUUUUAACUUCAUAUCAAUUUAGUUUUAGUUAUUAUUAUCGUAAAUUUAUAAAAUCGUUAGAUUAAUAUUAAGUUUUUUUCUCAUCAAUUUAUUAAAUAGAUACAAAAUGUUUUGCUUAUAUAAAAUGGGCUAUAGUUAAAUUGCUAAUGUUUUCUUUAUUACAUAAUUAUAUUUUUUCAUUUUGCAGUGUCUUUCACUUAUUUGUUAAAAUUUUUCUUAUUCAAUAGUGUGAAAUAAAAUAUCUAUUUAAUAUUUUAGGGAUCUAUAAAGA